CUUCCUUAUGUUGACAUGAUCUAUUUACCAUUUGACGAGUCACGGCGCAACGGCAACGCGGAGGUUAUUCACACUGGCAGUUGAUUUAGUCCCACUCCUGCUUUUCGAUCUACUCCGUAUAUAGCUCGAAGCACCCGGUGACACCAACUCGAACAUGGUCCUCGAGGCAAUUCAAUACGACCCAGCAUCGGAGAAUGCACCACCCUCCCUCCGAGUUCUUGACCAGCUGCAACUGCCUCACCGGACCACAUUUGAACAGAUCAAGACUUGUGAAGAAGCUCACGAUGCCAUAAAGAAAAUGAAAGUGCGAGGCGCACCUGCAAUUGCAAUUGUUGCAGCACUGGCGCUCGCCGUCGAGGUCGGGUCCUCGGUCGUCCAACACCAGCUCCCACAUAGCCCCGAAGAGGUCAGGACCACACUCGGCGGGAGGCUCGACUACCUACAAACAAGUCGACCGACCGCGGUCAACUUGGGCGACGCUGUUGGCAAGUUAAAAGUGGUGGCGCAGAAUGCGGCAUCAAAGUCAGACGCCAGUGCAGCUUCGGUGGCGCAGGCUUACAUUGUUGCCGCCGAGAGAAUGCUGGUGGACGAUGUGUCGGACAAUCGCGCCAUUGGAGAAUACGGUGCACGUUGGAUAGAGGCAAAUACCGCUGCUGGUAGAAAACGCAGGUCAGACCGUCAUGCGGAGCUGAAAGUCUUGACACACUGCAACACAGGUUCUCUCGCUACCGCUGGGUACGGUACUGCCCUGGGCGUAAUAAGAUCACUUCGAGCCUCAGAUAACCUCACAAGGGCCUAUUGUACAGAAACAAGGCCCUACAACCAGGGCUCGCGCCUUACGGCCUUUGAAUUGGUCCACGACGAUAUUCCGGCGACGCUAGUGACAGACUCAAUGGCAUGUGCUCUUUUGGCCAAAGAAAAAGACAGUCUCGCGGCAAUAGUUGUUGGAGCAGACAGAGUAGCCGCGAAUGGAGAUACAGCAAACAAAAUUGGCACAUACUCUCUCGCCGUCCUCGCGCGACAUCACGGCGUCAAGUUUCUCGUGGCAGCACCCAGAACGACGAUUGACCGUCACACACUCUCAGGGGCAGACAUCGUCAUUGAGCAAAGAGCGCCAGAGGAAGUCACUAGAAUCAAAGGCCCCAAGGUGGAUGACAACGGCAAGAUCCUGAUUGAUGAGGGUUCAGAGUUGAUCAGUACCGCUGCCAGCGGGAUUGAAGUGUGGAACCCUGCCUUCGAUGUGACACCAGCUCACCUUAUCGACGGAGUGAUUACCGAAGUCGGUGUGGUCGAGAAGAAGGACGGCAAGUUUGAUUUUGAAGCAAUCUUCACCUGAUCCUAGGUGGGUGGGUCAUGUGGGUGGAGAUAUAUCCAUAUCCGGUUGGCGAUGAUUGUGCAACCCUGCCUCUGGACGUGGAGUAGGAGAGUGACAAAGUUCACGCAGCAGAAAGUGCAAUUCUGUCCAUGUAGGCAUAGAUUGUGGGAAAUUCCCUUUCCCGUGUAGCUACAAAUCCC